ACACCGCAAUUAGUCAUCAGCUACCAACUAGAACAGCACGCAGCUGCAGGUUACGUCACAGACCAGAGGCAAGAUGAAUUUGGAUGAAUACUUCAAAAGGAUUGACUUCCAUGGCUCCCGUGAUAAACCAGAUCUUGCAACACUGAAGCAAAUCCACUGGCAGCAUAUCAUGUCCAUCCCGUUUGAGAACCUCAGCAUCCACUGUGGUGAGAAGAUCAUCAUUGACCUCGAGGUCAUCUUUAAUAAAGUGGUGAGGAGCAGCCGUGGAGGUUGGUGCUUUGAGAGCAACUACCUGUUUAACUGGGUCCUGAAACAAAUGGGCUAUGACCCCACAAUCUUGGGCUCCAGAGUUUUUGACAAUAACAGUGAUGCAUUUGAGUCCACAGAAGUCCAUCUGAUUAACAAGGUCAUCAUUGAUGGAAAGGCCUAUAUAGCAGAUGUAAGUUUUGGAUUAUCAGGUCAAAUCUGGGAGCCCUUGGAGCUCAUCUCUGGAAAGGACCAGCCUCAGGCAGGAGGUGUUUUUCGCUUAAUAGACAAGGGGGACAUGUGGAUGCUGGAGAAGACCGGCAGAACAACUCAGGUUCCUAAUCCAGAAUUUGCCAAUUCAAGUCUGUUAAACAGGAAGGAAACACGGCUGAUCUACGGCUUCACCCUGGAGCCUCGCGAGGUAGAUAACUUCUUAGAGGCAAACCACACCCUCCAGACAGACCCCGCCUCACUGUUCACCAACAAAUCCAUCUGCUCUUUGCAGACUCCCACAGGAUUCAGAGUCCUGAUUGGCUUGCUCUACAAUGAAGUCACCUUCAAACCUGAGGAAGGUGUUGAUACGUUUGACAUCAGAAACAUAACAGAUGAUGAACUAGAGGAAAUUCUGAGGGAAAAGUUUAACAUAAAGCUGCAGAACAAACUUAAGGCUGUAAACAAAAAAGUAUUCCUUGAGUUCUAGAAAAUUAUCCAUUACAUGGCCUGCUUGAAGACAGUGGCAUGG